AUGUCAUCGGGUGGUGUAAAAUCAAAUGGUGCACAUAAAAGAAAGGUUGAAAAUAUGGAAGAAUUCUCUGGACAAAUAACGGAGAGAACAAAGCGACCUUCUUUGGCAGGACCAUCAUUUGCUAGUUCUUCUUCAAGUUUUGCUGCUGCUUCUUCUUCUUCUUUUUUAAGUACGAAGGGUAAAGAAAGAGCCUUCAUGUCAAUUGUACCCAUCAUAUAUCCUAGUAGAAAAAAAGUGAAGGUUAAUGAACUUGAAGAUCAAUUAGACCCAUUUGUCGCACUUGUUCAACAAGCAAGAGAAACAGAUAAAAUACUUCUUGAAAUUAUGGAAGAUCUUUAUGAUGUUGUCGAUCUACCAAGGUUGAGUCCAAAUAAACUUCAAGAUAGUUUCCAUUUUGUGAAUGGUAAAUUAUCUUUAAUACGUAGAAAUCAUCAUGAUCAAAUCUAUAAUGCUAUAAUGAAAGCACUCAAUGAAGAAAAUAGUUCUAGAGGUCUACAUAUUUAUGGUCCUUCUGGUUUGGGAAAGUCGUACAGCUUGUAUUAUCUUGUUUCAGAACUUCGUUUACAACAUGAUUAUAGAGUAACGUAUAUUAAUAAUUGUGAAGAGUGGUGGUCAUCUCAUCAAAUUGAACCUUAUCAAUACCUAUUAAACGAAUUUUUAUGUACUUUCAACAAAGAUGAAUUAACCCCGCUUACCAUAACUGAUUGGGUUGAACUUGUGAUGUAUGGAUUAACAAAUAACGUACGUAACAAGUUGUGUGAUAAAAGUUUAUUACAUAAUUCCAGGGUUAAUAGAAUCAUUGAACAUCUUAAACAACCCGAGACAAAUACUAGGAAAGAACGAUUUCAUUUAUGUCUCAAGGAAUUGGUAAACUUUGUUAAAAAUGAUUAUUACUGGAUCUGGGUCUUUGAUCAAUGUAAUUCCUUGUACAAAUACGAGGUUCUUAAUGAAUAUCCAUUCGUAUUGGUAAAUGGUCUUUCUGGAAUUCUAAAGAAUGAUGGUCUUAUUAUCGUUUCAGAAACUUCUAACAAUGAUGUAUGCCUGUUUAAAUCAUGGGAUAAGUUGGGUCUAUUCGACGGUUAUGAUGACGAUGAGUUCAAUCAAUGGUGCAAAUUGCGUGGUUAUAACGAUAUGGCACAGUUGGAUUAUGUGAAAUAUUGGACGGGCGCCUAUCCUUCAGAAUUAGACAAGUGGCAUGAAACACCAGCAGGAAAUUUGCAGGAAAAAACUGAAAAUUAUUUGGGAUUACGAGAAAGUGAAAUAAAAAGAGAUUAUCAAAUUUAUCGAGAUAAUUUAUCAUAUGAGAGAGUAGAAAAUUUAAAUGCAUGUGUUGUUUCCAUGAUUCUCCAAAUUGAACCCCCUGCCAGUAAAAUAUAUGAUAUGGAUCACCGAUUUAUGCGUGUUGGUUCUGUUUCAUUUCUGGAUGAAAAUGAAGAAUUUGAAACUGAAACAGUUCUUGCUAUCCACCCUUGCGCUAGAUUAACCAUCGCUCGUGCUCAUGGUCAAAUUGAUGAUCUAAUUGAUGAUGCUGCAUCAAAGGCUCUACAAAAUGUUGAAUACACAAUUUAUGCUUUGGAAAGGAUUUCUGCAUCGUAUAUUACAACAUUAUUAGAUACUGUGAGAACAUUUGAAUUCACAUGUUGGCAAUUUGGAAUUCCAAGUUUAAAUAUAUUUGAUAAAAAUGUUAAUUUUGAUGAAGUCAUUAGGAUUGUUGAUAAUGACAUAUUUUCUAUCAAAGAUUUUAAUGAGUACAAUAAUGUUCUCUUUAUUCCAGAAUAUACCAAAUACCCUGGUAUGGAUUUUCUUAUCUGGGAUUGUGAGGAUAAAAUAUUACUAGUAUUUCAAAUUGCUAUGGAUAAGAUCGAUGAAAGAAAAGUUAUGAAUUAUUUUGACAAGGAAGGUUGGGCAAAUUUGUGUGAUAUAGAUGAAUCUAAAAUUUAUUUUAAUUGGAUUGCUUUUGAUAAUGUUAUUGAUAAGGUUACUGAAACGUCGAUGUUGUCGUCCAAUAAUAAGUUACACGUAUCAUUUUCAAGUAUUGAUGAUCAAUUUCCAGCUUUUAAAAGUAUAUCUGGAUAUGAUAUGAUAGUAGAUAAUUAA